UCGAGGUGCCUCGACUAGGGAAGGCCAAGAUGGCUGAUCCAGGGAAGGCCGAGAUGCUUGAUCUAGAGUCGGUCGAGAUGCCUCGUCUAAGGAAGGCCCAAGACGGCUGGACUAGAGAAGGCCAAGAUGAUUGAUCUAGAAUCGGUCGAGAUGCCUCGUCUAGGGAAGGCCGAGAUGAUCGAUCUAGAGUCGGUCGAGAUGCCUCGUCUAGAGAAGGCCGAGAUGAUCGAUCUGGAGUCGGUCGAGACGCCUCGUCUCGGGAAGGCCGAGAUGAUCGAUCUAGAGUCGGUCGAGACGCCUCGCCUAGGGAAGGUCAAGAUGGCCAGUCCAGAGAAGGCCAAGAUGGAUGAUCUAGAAUCGGUCGAGGUGCCUCGACUAGGGAAGGCCAAGAUGGCUGAUCCAGAGAAGGCCAAGAUGACUGAUCUAGAGUCGGUCGAGGUACCUCGUCUAGGGAAGGCCGAGAUGCUUGAUCUAGAGUCGGUCGAGAUGCCUCGUCUAAGGAAGGCCCAAGACGGCUGGACUAGAGAAGGCCAAGAUGAUCGAUCUAGAGUCGGUCAAGACGCCUCAUCUAGGGAAGGCCGAGAUGGUCGAUCUAGAGUCGGUCGAGACGCCUCGUCUAGGGAAGGCCGAGAUGAUCGAUCUAGAGUCGGUCGAGACGCCUCGUCUAGGGAAGGCCAGGAUGGCUGGCCUGGACACGGUCGAGAUGCCUCGUCUAGAGAAGGCCGAGAUGGCUGGUCUAGAGAAGACCAGGAUGACCGAUCUAGAGUCGGUCGAGACGCCUCGUCUAGGAAAGGCCGAGAUGAUCGAUCUGGAGUCGGUCGAGAUGCCUCGUCUAGGAAAGGCCGAGAUGGCUGGUCUAGAGAAGGCCAAGAUGAAGAGGGCUAGAAUGGGCCAGGUUGGCUGCGCUCAAGCUGGUU